CACUCGAUUCUGCUUUGUUACUCUUGUUUUCACGACGAAUAAUAUGUUCAAAAAUAAAUAUAACUUAUAUCAUAUUUACAUUUUACUAUCUCUACCAAUAGCACAAUGCAGAAAGUACGACAUAGAACAAGAAUGUUUGACGUUGUAUGGAGAAAGUCUGAAGUCAGUCCUGGACAGAUUCCGACGGACGCCUGAGUACUUGAAUAUAUUGAACGAUGAGGUGACAGAACUACACAAGCAGCUAGAAGCGGUGUUAGAUCGCAUCGCAUACGUGUACACUCUCAAACUGUACGACCGAGUGGUUCACGAGAUGGGCGCUCAUAACAACCAAACACACGUCUACAGAAGCAGACCACUGAAAGGAUUAAACCGCCCCCGUAUAUCUAAACGCGGACGAUAUAAGCAAUCCCCCGUCAACAUGCUGGAUAGUUACGACUACUUCAAAAACCCACUCACUCUGGCCGAGAAGAACCGGAUGAAGCAACUAGGCUUCGAAUAUAUUGGGUUGGCCAUUCACGCCAUGUUGGAAAAUAUGUCUCCCGAUGGCGCGUUGCCGGAGUCAACACGUAUGCCGGACGGCCAUCAGAUAGAAACCACCCACCACAAUCAUGAGUUUACUCAGCCGAGCACCGAAUCUGAGUCAACGCACGGACAUCACCUUUUGAGGAACAUCGGCCGUACUGGAGUACAAGAAUCUCCUUACAAUACUACUAAACCGUAAUUAGGGUUCCGUACCUCAAAAGGAAAAACAGAACCCUUAUAGGAUCACUUUG